AUGCAGCAAGAACGAGAGAGUGCCGAGUUGUGUCUAAAUGGCUGCGGCUUCUUUGGUGUUCCAGGCAGCGGCGGUAUGUGCUCUGUGUGCUGGAAAAAGACCAUGUCAGAUCGUCAAGCGACGACGACGACGACAGUGGCCUUUGAUUUCAAGACGGCAGACCGCGUCGAAUUGGCGCGUCGUAACCCUGGAGGUGGUGCCUUUAGCAAAUUGGAGAAGCUGUAA